AUGAGAACUUUUUUAUUCUGCCUCGUUAAUAUUGUCUGUUUAAUAGCCUCUACUCCGGUUUCUGCUCAUUUUUACUAUAAUAUUUCUACAAUUCCUCGUUCUUUAAUUCCUAGUAAUUCGACCUGGAACCAUUUCAACAAGUACUUGGGUUGUCGCGUUGGCCAAAAUAUCAAAGGAUUAGCAAAAAUCAAACAGUAUUUUCAACAUUUCGGGUAUAUUGAUAAUUCUUUGAGCAAGAAUUUCACUGAUGAAUUUGAUCAACUUCUUUUUUCAGCUCUCAAGACUUAUCAAUUCAACUUUAAUCUUAAUGCCACCGGAGAAUUCGACACGCCCACUCUUCAACAUAUGUUAAAACCAAGAUGCGGAAAUCCAGAUAUAAUGAAUGGCACUACUAAUAUGAACUCUGGAAAGUCUCCACGGGCGGAGCAUACAAUGGCUCAUUUCUCGUUUUUCGAAGGCCAGCCACGUUGGCCUUCGAGUAAGACUAAAUUAAAAUAUGCAUUUCUACCGGAGAAUCAGUUGAUGGAUUCAGUUAAGGCGGUUUUUGGGAGGGCGUUUGAUAAAUGGUCGAAGGUAACGCCGUUAACUUUCAAAGAGACGGAAUCUUAUAGAUUGGCAGACAUUCAGAUCGGGUUUUUCGUGGGAGAACAUGAAGAUGGUAACCCGUUUGAUGGACCCAUGAAGAUUUUGGCACAUGCAUUUGCACCGCCGACGGGAUUUUUCCACUUAGACGGGGACGAAAAUUGGGUGGUGGAUGGCGAAAUUUUGAAAGAAGGGAUGUCGAGAAUAUCGGUUGUGGAUCUUGAAUCAGUUGCGGUUCAUGAAAUUGGGCAUUUAUUGGGUUUGGAUCAUUCAUCGGAAAAAGAAGCGAUUAUGUUUCCGACACUUGGUGCUGGAGUGAGGAAAGUGGAUUUGUCAAGAGAUGAUAUUGAAGGGGUACAAAUGUUAUAUGGGUCAAAUCCGAAUAAUAAUGGGUCAAGUACUGUUUAUACACACAGUCAAAAGAAUGAUAUGAGUGGAUAUUCCACUUUUGGUUCAUUGUAUCCUCAUUGGUUUUCAUUGAUUAGUGGAUUUUUCUUAGCAUUUGUGCUUUCAAUUUUGCUAUAG